AUGUCCAAGUUUCCCAACCACGGACUCUUCACCAGGACCGCAUCGGCUUCUUCGCGGUCCACCUCACUCAUCGCACAUGCGCGCAGAGGUGCACCUCGUCGACGAUCCGCAGCCGUCACGCCCAGCAGCUCGAUAGCACUCCCUACCAGCAACAGUGCGGUCCUUAGCGGUGCCACCCUUCCCACUAGCCAGCCGUCGGAGCCCUUCAUCGGUCCUCUCACUCUGGCAGCGACGCAGAGCACAUCCUCACAGACCGGCAACCACCCUCGUCCAGAAACGGCAACGACGCCGAUCCCAUCGACGAGUGAGGCACGCUGGACACGCGAUCCGUACACCGACCAGGUUCUGAGCCUUGUGCGCGCCUCAGAGAACCUGCCUCGCGCUCUGCUGCCACCCUACGACAAUGAUUCCGCAUCCACAUCUUCGUCGCUCCAGGUAGAUGCCUCCGCACACCUGCCUUCCUCUGCUUCCAUCUCAGCUGCGGCCCGCCAUCUGGCCAGACCUUCAACAUCACCUUUCACCAUCUCGUCUUUCGACCGUAUACCCGCGCAUCGCACUCAGCCCCUUUACUCGAUACCCCACACCCGAGGCGUACACAUCUUCUACCCCAACGCAGCAGCUUCUCAUGCUCUCAGCACCUGGAGCACCCCAUCCCUCGACGCCUCGAAUGAUGUCUCCGCUCUCGAAGUCAGCACUCUCUCGGCGAACAGGCGCUUGGCCAAGUUCAACGCCGACCAAGCAGCGUCUUCUUCAGACUAUGUGCCGCUCUGGAAUGUCACAUCAACUUCAAAGAUUGAGUCUUGCCCGUCAACAUUGGAGCCGCUCAGUUCCGACACUCUCGCACACCGAAUGGAGAGCCUAUCCUUCCUUUCGCCCCAGACCUCUUUUCCUAGCUUAUCAAGCUCUGCGUCUCUGCACAUUCCUGUCAACCUGCUGGACAACCCUAACUCGGCUCCUUCUGCCUCACCAGAUCAGUUGGCGAUGGGCACACUCGGCUGGACAUCGCCCGAUGCAAGCAGCUCUGCGUCUGCGUGGCAAUCACCAUCGUCACCAUCAUCGUCAAAACCGUCCGAGUCGUCGCACAGUUCUUCUUCGUCUUCGUCGUCCCGCCCUCCAACUCCAACCGUCUCAGCGCGGCCAAGCCUGGCAACAUCCACAGCGCAGCAGGACUCGUCCGGCAGUCACGGUAGCGGCUCCAGCACACCCACACAGAACAACAGCCUCUCGCCAUAUCAGAUCGAGAGCGCACUUCUCGGCCCGACCUCAAUCCUCACGACCGCAGCACGUGGCAACUACGACCAGCGCCGAAGCGCCUCCGCAGCCGCUGCUACUGACUCAGCCGACGCCUCCGACGCCUCGCCGCUGUGGACGAGCUCAUUUGCCUCGCCCAAGCACCGCAGGCUGCAGUACUGCUUUGAGCAUGGCGCCUAUGGCAUCCCCAAGCGUCACCCUUGGGCUGCAGUGCGUGGCAAUGGAAAGCGUGUCCAGCCAGCACCACCCAAACCCGCCGCACGCUCUGGCGCUGUGGGCAUGCUUGCCGCCGCUGCCGACUUCCUGACUGGCUCGGCAGCGCCGUCCGGUCCCGCAGCGGCAAAGGAGAAGCUGGGAGGCGACGCAGUGCUUGCCGAGGACGGCCGUCGCCUUGGACUCAACUCACCGAUCCGAGAACACGGUCGCAUCGUACAGGACCGCCUGCAGUCCGUCCAAGUCGGCGAGGAUGCCUACUUCUUGCGACCCGAUUCGAUCGGUGUAGCUGAUGGCGUUGGAGGCUGGGCCUCCCGCGCCGGUGCGGAUCCAGCGCUGUUCUCCCGCCUGCUCAUGCACUUCUGUGCCGCCGAGCUCAGCAAGUUUGACGGCCUCAGCGCCGACGAGCUGGCAGCACAGGGAGGCAAGAAGCUGCAGGAGUGGGAGCAGCUCGAUCCGGUCGAAGUGAUGCACAUUGCUUGGGAGCGGUGCGUUCGCGCCUCACGACGAGAAGGCAUCCUCGGGUCGUCCACGGCGCUGCUUGCGGUGCUUCGAGGGGACGAGCUGCGCAUCGCCAACUUGGGCGACUGUGUCCUGCUCAUCAUUCGUGCCGGUGAGCUGCUCUUCCGAUCCACUGAGCAACAGCAUUCGUUCAACUUCCCCGUCCAGCUUGGCAUGAUGGGACACACGGCAGAGAGUGUCACCAUCGCCGCCAACCGCACUCUGCAUCGCGAUGGGUUCUUGCAGUCGGGCGCAUCCGACGAUUUGGAUGACAAUGCGCCGAAUCCGCUCGGCUCGACUACCCCCGCAUCCUUAGACGAAGCUCGCAAAGGCAUCCCAGGGGCGUCUUCAGCAUCCGACGACGGCGACGUGGAAGAAGCAGAAUGGGAUGAGCCACGGCGCGAUGCAGGUCGGUGGGCGGUCAAGGUGCAGAAGGGCGACAUUAUCAUCGUUGGCAGCGACGGGCUGGUCGACAACCUGUUCGACGAAGAUAUCGUCGAGGAGGUGCUCAGGUUUGCCCCUCCACGCAGCUCACAUCAAUCGAUCCCGGACGACGAUGACGCGUCGCUCGACAGCGGCGACCGACCCAUCGAGGGUCAGGACGAGUAUCGUCUGCCCGACGACUUUUGCCCGCAGCUAGUGUCAGAAGCGCUCUGCUCCCGUGCCAAGGCGGUGUCAGAAGACUCGCGAGCGGUAAGCUCGCCCUUUCAGCAGCGCGCCAUGGAGGAAGGUCUGCACUACGUUGGUGGAAAGCACGACGAUAUCUCGGUGGUGGUGGCUGUGGUGGGUGACCCGUCGGAGCGCCUGACCAAGGCGAGCUACUCGAUCCGCUCCGAGCCAGAGGGCGAUUCAGAGACGCGCUCAGCAUCGGGAUCCGCGUAA